UUCCCCCGGCGGAGUGGUGCAAGCUGGAAGAACGGGGAGUACUGCGGCAGCCGGCAGAGCCGCGGAAGAGCAUCGAGUCCUGGGGAGGUAGCAGGUUUUUUUCUUGCCGGGUCCUUUUCACCGCAAGUAUCAGAGAGCAGAGGUUCCACGCGUGAUGCUCCGCUUGAGACCGCGACAUUUCAUCUGAAAAAACAAGAAAAGAAAAGAAAAAAAGAAAGACGUCUUACGAGAGAAAGAGGGCAGCCUGACCUUUUUUUUUUAAAAAAAGGCGAGGCAUUCAUACACUGACUAAUUCAACGUGAGGGGCUGACACCUCUCAAGCGGUGCAUCACCUGAGAGAAGAAGAAUAAUUGCGCCAACAUGGGGUAUGGACGUUCAGACAGUUACCGCGUUGCCACCACACAGGACAAAGAUGACCGAUCCCCCAAGAAGAAGAAGGGGGCCAAGGACAUGGAUGACCUGAAGAAGGAAGUGCCCAUUACGGAACAUAAGAUGUCUGUAGAGGAAGUAUGCAGAAAAUUCCAGACUGAUAUUGUUCAGGGACUGACCAAUGCCAAGGCAGCGGAGAUUCUGAUCCGAGAUGGUCCCAACGCUCUCACCCCUCCGCCCACCACCCCGGAGUGGAUCAAGUUCUGUCGCCAGCUGUUUGGUGGGUUCUCCAUCCUGCUGUGGAUCGGCGCCAUUCUCUGCUUUCUAGCCUACGCCAUCCAGGCAGCCACAGAGGACGACCCUGCAGGCGACAAUUUGUACCUAGGUAUUGUGCUCACAGCCGUAGUCGUCAUCACUGGUUGCUUCUCAUACUUCCAAGAGGCCAAGAGCUCCAAAAUCAUGGAGUCUUUUAAGAACAUGGUGCCACAGCAAGCGCUGGUGAUCCGCGAGGGUGAGAAGGUGCAGAUCAACGCUGAAGAAGUUGUGGCUGGAGAUCUGAUUGAGGUGAAGGGAGGAGACAGGAUCCCUGCUGACAUCAGGGUGAUUUCUGCUCAUGGCUGCAAGGUGGAUAACUCCUCCUUGACAGGAGAAUCAGAGCCACAAAGCAGGUCACCUGACUGCACCCAUGACAACCCUCUGGAGACCCGCAACAUUGCUUUCUUCUCCACCAACUGUGUGGAAGGCACAGCACGUGGUAUUGUCAUCUACACCGGAGAUCGUACAGUCAUGGGCCGCAUUGCUACUCUGGCCUCCGGUUUGGACACCGGCAAAACCCCCAUCGCCAAGGAGAUCGAACACUUCAUCCACAUCAUCACAGGUGUGGCCGUCUUCCUGGGCGUGACCUUUUUCAUCCUGGCCAUCAUCCUGGGUUACUCCUGGCUGGAGGCUGUCAUCUUCCUUAUUGGCAUCAUUGUGGCUAAUGUGCCUGAGGGACUGCUGGCCACCGUCACUGUGUGUCUGACUCUGACUGCCAAGCGUAUGGCGAAAAAGAACUGCCUGGUUAAGAACUUGGAAGCUGUGGAAACCUUGGGCUCCACCUCCACCAUCUGCUCUGACAAGACAGGCACCCUGACCCAGAACAGGAUGACCGUAGCCCACAUGUGGUUCGACAACCAGAUCCAUGAGGCCGACACCACCGAGGAUCAGUCAGGUGCUUCUUUCGACAAGAGCUCAGCAACAUGGCAGGCUUUGUCCCGUAUUGCUGCUCUGUGUAACCGUGCGCAGUUCAAAGCCGCCCAAGACUCCGUGCCCAUCCUGAAGCGAGACGUGGCCGGAGACGCCUCGGAGUCAGCUCUGCUGAAAUGUAUCGAGCUGUCCUGUGGCUCCGUCAGGUCGAUGCGGGACAAGAACAAGAAAGUGGCCGAGAUCCCCUUCAACUCCACCAACAAAUACCAGCUUUCAAUACAUGAGACAGAGGAUCCCAAUGACAACCGCUACCUGCUGGUGAUGAAGGGCGCCCCUGAGAGGAUCCUAGACCGUUGUUCAACCAUCGUGAUUCAGGGCAAAGAGCAGCCUAUGGAUGAGGAGAUGAAGGAGGCUUUCCAGAGUGCAUACAUGGAGCUGGGAGGACUGGGAGAGCGUGUCCUGGGUUUCUGUCACUUGCUCCUGCCAGAAGACCAGUACCCCAAAGGUUUUGCCUUCGACACAGAUGAUGUUAACUUCCAGACGGAGAAUCUUUGCUUUGUAGGCCUCAUGUCCAUGAUCGAUCCUCCUCGUGCUGCGGUGCCAGACGCAGUGGGAAAAUGCAGAUCCGCUGGUAUCAAGGUCAUCAUGGUCACUGGUGACCACCCAAUCACAGCCAAAGCCAUUGCCAAGGGAGUAGGCAUCAUCUCAGAGGGAAACGAGACAGUGGAGGACAUCGCAGCUCGUCUCAACAUACCUGUUGCUCAGGUCAACCCGAGGGAUGCCAAAGCUUGCGUGAUUCAUGGCUCGGACCUGAAGGACUUGUCUCAGGACCAGAUGGACGACAUCCUGAGGAAUCACACAGAGAUCGUGUUCGCUCGGACCUCCCCACAGCAGAAACUCAUCAUUGUGGAGGGAUGCCAGAGACAGGGUGCCAUUGUUGCUGUGACAGGUGAUGGUGUGAAUGACUCUCCUGCUCUGAAAAAGGCCGACAUCGGUGUUGCCAUGGGAAUCUCAGGCUCCGAUGUGUCCAAACAGGCUGCAGACAUGAUCUUAUUGGAUGACAACUUUGCCUCCAUUGUCACUGGAGUGGAAGAAGGCCGGUUGAUCUUUGAUAACCUGAAGAAGUCCAUCGCCUACACCUUGACCAGCAACAUCCCAGAGAUCACCCCCUUCCUGUUCUUCAUCAUCGCCAACAUCCCUCUGCCUCUGGGAACCAUCACUAUCCUCUGCAUCGAUUUGGGAACUGACAUGGUUCCAGCUAUUUCUUUGGCUUAUGAAGCAGCUGAGAGCGACAUCAUGAAGCGUCAACCCAGGAACCCCUUCAGAGACAAGCUUGUAAAUGAGAGGCUCAUCAGCAUCGCUUACGGACAAAUCGGAAUGAUCCAGGCCUUGGGAGGCUUCUUCAGCUACUUUGUCAUCCUGGCUGAAAACGGUUUCCUGCCCAGUCGACUUCUGGGCAUCCGACUCGACUGGGAUGACCGCAGUUGCAACGACCUGGAGGACAGCUACGGCCAGCAGUGGACAUACGAACAGAGGAAGAUUGUCGAGUUUACAUGUCACACAGCCUUCUUUGUCAGCAUCGUGGUGGUGCAGUGGGCCGAUCUCAUCAUCUGCAAGACCAGACGUAACUCUGUGUUCCAGCAGGGCAUGAGGAACAAGAUUUUGAUCUUCGGCUUGUUCGAAGAAACUGCCCUGGCUGCCUUCCUGUCCUACUGCCCUGGCAUGGAUGUGGCUCUCAGGAUGUAUCCUCUAAAGCCUUCCUGGUGGUUUUGUGCAUUCCCAUAUAGUUUCCUCAUCUUUGUUUAUGAUGAAGUACGAAAACUUAUCCUCCGUCGGAACCCUGGCGGUUGGGUGGAGAAGGAGACAUAUUAUUGAUCAGUGGAGCACCUUUGCUCGAGCCCCUUUACAUCUUCUACUCAUCCGUUCUCCCCUUCACUUCAUCCUCGGCAAGACUCAUCUCCAGAUUCCCUCUGCCCCCCUUUUAAAGACAAAACCCGCUUUCAAGCAAUUUCCAUCACAGCUGCCCCAAAGAUUAAAAACAGCAAAAGCACCUUUACAACUUUCUACAUUGCCCUGCGCCCCUUCUCCUUACCUCCUAUGAUACUCUUUGCAUGUGUUCUCUCACUGCUGUGUACUUAAACCAAUAUAUCUACCAAACGGCAGCUGCAUAUUGUGUAUGUAGAUUUGAAUGAGCUGAAGAUACAGAUGGAGUGUCUAUGCUCUGCAAAAAAAGGACCAUCCAGCUUCCUGUCCCCU